AUCCGCAGUUCGAAUUCGGACCGCGGGGCACAAAGAGGCAACAAGAAGAAGAAGCACACCAAAUCGAUCCCCAUUUCCAUCCAUCUCUCCCCCAACCAAAUCGCCACCCUAGCCUAGCUCGCUCGCUCGCCGCCGCCGCCGCAGCCGAAGCAGCAGCAGCAGCAACUCGCGGAUCCGAUGGAAGGCGAGGAGGAGCGGUGCCCGGGGGAGCCCACCCCCAUGGACUUCUCGUGGACCACGGGCUGGGAGAAGGCGGCCGCCGACGACGAUGAGGCGGAGUCGGCGCCCGCGCCCGCACCGCCGGCCCCUUCGCCGCAGGAGGCGGCGGAGUCCAUGAUCCUGGUGCCCGGGCCACGCGUGGUUCUGUCCGGGCUGAUGCGGGGCGACUGCCGUGCAGAUGACUCUGUUCUGUUCAUUAAUGCCGGUGGCAGUGCAACUGAAGGUUGUGAACCCUCUUCAAAGCUUUCUGAGGAUUCUUUCUUUGAAGGAGGGGAUGCAAUAGAGACAUCUGAGGAUAUAGUUGAAGGUGGUGACUAUCCUUCACUUUACCACUCAGCUCGAUAUGGAAAUUUCAGCUACAAAAUCGAUGGUCUUGCUCCUGGAGACUAUUUCUUAGAUCUGCAUUUUGCUGAGAUAGUGAACACUUAUGGGCCAAAAGGAAUUAGAGCAUUUGAUGUCCUUGUCCAAGAAGAAAAGAUUUUGUCUGAACUUGAUGUGUACGCGGUGGUUGGAGGUAACAGACCCCUUCAGGUGCGUGAUAUUAGAGUGACAGUUGAGAGUGACAGUGCCAUUGUCAUAAACUUCAAAGGAGUAAGGGGAAGUCCCAUGGUUUGUGGCAUCUGUAUUCGAAAAAGGGUAGCAAUGGCAGUGACAGACAUGGUUACAGAAGGGAAUGUCUUAUGCAAAAGAUGUUCAGCUCAUACAGGGAAUUCACCUUUACAGACCAGGACAAGUAAAUUAAUCUCAAAGUAUGAGAAACAGAUUGAGGAGCUAACCAACCAGUGCAACAUGAAGUCUGAUGAAUGUUAUAUGGCGUGGUCUUCAGUGGAAUCUACCAAUCAGGAGCUUGAGAGACUUAAGAUAGAGCUUCAUCAGAAGGUCAUGCAAAGUGAUAAUAUUGAACAAGUCGUUGAUAGACAAGCUGAUCAACUGAGAAGUGUUUCCCAGAAGUAUGAAAAUGCCAAGAAAUUAUGGGCAGCUGCCAUAUCUAACUUGGAAAAUAAAAUCAAGGCUAUGAAACAAGAGCAAACACUGUUAUCUCUUGAAGCACAUGACUGUGCAAACGCUGUUCCUGAUCUGAGUAAGAUGAUAGGAGCUGUUCAAACAUUAGUUGCACAGUGUGAAGAUCUUAAACUGAAGUACUAUGAAGAGAUGGCCAAGAGAAAGAAACUUCAUAAUAUUGUUGAGGAGACCAAAGGAAAUAUCAGGGUUUUCUGUCGUUGCCGCCCAUUAAGUAAAGAUGAGACAUCAUCAGGUUACAAAUGUGCAGUGGAUUUUGAUGGAGCAAAAGAUGGAGACAUUGCUAUUGUGAACGGUGGAGCAGCUAAGAAGACAUUCAAGUUUGACAGAGUCUACAUGCCGACAGACAAUCAAGCUGAUGUGUAUGCCGAUGCAUCUCCACUGGUUACUUCGGUCUUGGAUGGCUACAAUGUGUGCAUAUUUGCGUACGGACAAACAGGAACAGGGAAGACUUUUACCAUGGAAGGAACUGAGAGGAACAGGGGAGUAAAUUAUAGAACUCUGGAGGAGUUGUUCAAAAUCGCAGAAGAGAGAAAAGAGACUGUCACAUACAGCAUUUCUGUCAGCGUGCUUGAGGUCUACAAUGAGCAAAUCAGAGACCUGCUUGCAUCAUCCCCUUCGUCUAAGAAGUUGGAAAUCAAACAGGCAAGUGAAGGGUCCCAUCAUGUCCCUGGCAUUGUGGAGGCCAAAGUUGAGAACAUCAAGGAGGUUUGGGAUGUCUUGCAAGCUGGAAGCAAUGCAAGGGCUGUAGGAUCAAACAAUGUGAAUGAGCACAGCAGUCGCUCCCACUGUAUGCUUUGCAUCAUGGUGAGAGCGGAGAACCUGAUGAAUGGAGAAUGUACAAGAAGUAAGCUUUGGCUUGUAGAUUUGGCUGGAAGUGAACGAUUAGCUAAGACCGAUGUGCAAGGUGAAAGGCUUAAGGAAGCACAAAACAUUAACAGAUCACUUUCUGCUUUGGGUGAUGUGAUUUCAGCUCUUGCAACGAAAAAUUCCCACAUUCCCUACAGGAAUUCAAAGUUGACGCACUUGCUGCAAGAUUCUCUAGGAGGGGACUCAAAAGCUUUAAUGUUUGUGCAAAUUAGCCCAUCCAACAACGAUGUGUCAGAAACUUUGAGCUCAUUGAACUUUGCAAGUCGUGUUCGUCGUAUAGAAUUGGGUCCAGCAAAGAAGCAGGUUGACACUGCAGAACUUCAAAAGGUCAAACAGAUGCUUGAAAGGGCUAAACAGGAUAUCAGACUUAAGGAUGAUUCCUUGAGAAAGCUGGAAGAUAACUGCCAAAAUCUAGAGAACAAAGCCAAAGGGAAAGAACAAUUCUACAAAAAUUUACAAGAAAAGGUAAAAGAGCUUGAAAGCCAGCUGGAUUCUAAGAUGCAUUCUCAAAUUACAUCAGAGAAACAGCAGAAUGAGCUUUUUGGGAAACUCAAGGAGAAAGAAGAAAUGUGUACUACCCUUCAGCAGAAGAUAGCGGAGGAAUCAGAGCAUAAACUUAGACUCCAGCAGCAAUCAGAAUCUGAGAUAAAGGAGCUGGAGCUCAAGUUGAAGGAACAAGAACACCAUCGAUCAGUUGCAGAAUCUAAGAUAAAGGAGCUGGAGCUCAAGUUGAAGGAACAAGAACACCAUCGAUCAGUUGCAGAAUCUAAGGCAAUGGAAAUAGGACAGGAGCUCCUGGAAACACAGAGAACAGAGGCUAUGCUUCAGAUCAAGCCAAGAGAUCUUGAGAAUAACUUGCAAGAAAGGACAACACUUCAGGACACAAACAUGAUACUUGACUCGACCAACUGUAUGAGAGUUGCUAGUACUCCUGGAGAGGCAAAGGCGCACCUCUUGACAAGAGAGGAAGCAAUGAGCGAGAAGGAGCAGCACAUUCUGAGAAGCUCAGAUUCUAUGAACAAGAAAGUCACCAACAAUUCUUCCAUUGUUGGGGCUCCAGAAGUUGUCAAUGAGAAGAAGAGGAAAGGAGAUGCAAGGAAUUCAUCGAUUGGUGGGGAAUUGGAGAACCAGCCUGUUGGAAGCCAGAAUGCUUCAAGGAAGAGGAGCCUGCAAGGUGAGCCAAGGCUGAAGAGAAAAUCGACCGAGCCGCUGAAGAACCCAGGACGGGUGACGGCAACUUCAAAGACGGCCGCUGCCACACACAAGACGGGUCCUGUUACCAGAGCCACAAGGCAGCAACCAGCCGUGAACAAGACGAGAGGUUGGGUCAGGUAGGCAGCUGCUUCUGAACCUGACAUUGCCAUUGCACCCAAUAUGGCUUGUAGUAUGGUAGAGGCUCAAACUUUUAGCUGAGUCGCGCUGCGUCCUUCGCAGUGGAUAGUAGAGCACGCAUUGUAACGUGGAGUGCUGCGCUCCUGUGUAAUCUAUUAUUGACUACUAUACUAUCUUGCAGAUUCAACAGGAAUCGCACUGUUGACUGCAUAGGCUCUUUUCUGACCUAAAAUGAUUUAUAGGAGUAUCAUUUCGUGUUCUUGACCACGAAAUUAUUGAUACGAGUACUAUUCAAAUGGAGGAUUCGAUUUGCUAAGGA